AUUCAGUAAAUUUGUCUUUUCUUUCUCUCCGAAAUCAGUAAGUCACACACACAUCAAAAUCCCAAAGCAACACAAUGGAUGCUGUUAUUAGUGCCACCAUUCAAGUCACAGUGGAGAAGUUGCUUGCAUCCGCCACUGCAGAGUUGAGCCUGGUGUGGGGUUUCAAGAAAGACUUAGGAAAGCUAAGUGAUUCGCUAAAAAUGAUCAAAAAAGUGUUGGAAGAUGCUGGGAAACGCCAAGUUACCGAGGAGGCUGUCAAACUCUGGCUCAAUAACCUUCAAGAUGUUGUUUAUGAUGCUGAUAAUGUCUUGGAUGUGAUCAACUAUGAAAAUUUGCAUCGAGAGAUCCGGAGCCAGAAGAUGUCAAAAGUGUGCUUAAACUUCUCUUUCUAUAGGCCUUUGGCAUUCCGAUGGAAAAUUGCUCAUAAAAUCAAGGAGAUAAAUGUCAACUUCGAGGGUAUAAACAAACGAGCUAAUGACCUUGGCCUUCGGAAAGUUGUUGACAUUUCUCUCUCUUUGCCUCUGGUUAUGGAAACUGAUAGCAUAGCUGAUGAUCCAAUUGUCGUGGGAAGAAAGGAUAAUGAAGCAGAAAUUUUGAAGCUGAUAACCGACACAAACGAUGCGGAUAUUUCAGUCCUUCCCAUAGUUGGAAUGGGAGGGCUAGGCAAGACAACCUUAGCUCGAUCGGUCUUCAAUCAUCAAAGCACAAAGAGUCUUUUGGACGAAAGGAUCUGGGUAUGUGUUUCUGAAAAUUUUGAUGCGAUAACGCUUUUUAAAAGGAUUCUGGAAUCCUUAAGAGAAAGUUCUCCUGGAGCCAGCAGGCAAGCUGUUGUGGAUAAGCUUCGAGAGAAAUUGGGAGGCAAAAAAUACUUACUUGUUCUUGAUGAUAUUUGGAAUGAAAACAGGCAAUUUUGGGAUGAUUUCAAAAAUACUAUGGCUGGAGUUAACCCCAAUAAGGGAAAUGUCAUCAUGGUGACUACACGUCAUCUAGAGGUAGCAUCAAUUGUGAAAGCUUACAGAGAUCCAUACAACUUGAAACAAUUAAAAGAUGAUGAGUGCUGGUCUAUAAUCAAAGCGAGGACCUUUCGAGAUGCAGAAGUACCAGGACAAUUUGAGCAAGUUGGGAAGGAGAUUGCUUGCAGAUGUGGAGGUCUACCAUUAGCAGCAAACAUGGUCGGUGGAACUUUGCAAGGAAAGCAAGUAGAUGAUUGGGAUUCAGUUCUAGCGAUCGGGAUUUCAAAUCUUGAUCAUGAAGCAAAUCACGACAGUAUGAUGCAAAUCUUAAAGAUAAGUUUUGAUCGUUUAUCUUCUCCAUUACUUAAAAAAUGUUUUGCCUAUUGUUCAAUAUUUGCCAAAGAUUCAAAAAUAGAGAGAGAAGAUUUAAUCCAACUCUGGAUGGCGGAAGGAUUUCUUCCGGAUAAUCAUGAUAAUAAUAUGGAGAAUUUGGGGAAUUCAUGUUUUAACAUUUUGUUGCGAAAUUCGUUUUUCCAAGAGGUUGAAAAGGAUGAUUAUGGAAAUAUCGAAUAUUGCAAGAUGCAUGAUCUUGUGCACGAUCUUGCAUGCUCAGUUUCAAAUUCAGAAAGCUUUGUUGUCGAGGAUAGCUCUACUGAUGACAUUCCCAAAGUUAGAUACCGUGCAAAGCAAUUGCUAGAAAGGGAAACACGAGCAUUCACAAAAGAGAAAGCAAGUUAUUUGCGCACAUUAUUCUCCAACAACAGCUUACCUGGCAAAAAAUUGCCAUGGUUCAAGCACCUGCACAUUCUAAAGUUAUGUGACCAAGACAUUGAAGAAUUGCCAAACUCUAUUAGAAAGUUGAUACAUUUGAGAUAUCUUGAUGCAUCCGGAAAUUAUAGAAUGAAAACUUUGCCAGAUUCGAUUUGCAAGCUCUACAAUUUGCAAACAUUAAGGAUUGAGGAAUGCUUCAACUUUCAACGGCUUCCAGAUAGGCUAUGUGACUUGAGAAAUUUGAGACAUCUCUACUUUUAUUCUUAUGAGAGAGAUUUCCAGAUGCCGCCUAAAAUCGGAAAAUUGCCUCGUCUUCAAACAUUGCAGUUUUUUAAUGUGGGUGACAAGGAAGGCUGCCGAAUCGAAGAGCUAGGAUUUUUGAAGAAUCUAACAGGCAAACUGGAGAUGCGUAAUCUUGAACUAGUGAAUGGUAUAGAAGAAGCUAAGAAGGCAGAUUUGGUUGGAAAGCCAAAGAUAUAUAAGUUAAGUUUUAUGUGGACAACAUACAAUGUCUCAGAAGACAGCAACAACGAUAAAAAUGUCCUCGAAGGGCUCCAACCUCACCCGAAUUUGAAGAGCAUAACAAUUGAAGGGUUCAGAGGUACGAACUUCCCAUCAUGGACUAUGAGAAUGGAAGUAUUCCUUGAUGGCAAUGGUUGGUUAAAACUUGAUAAAUUGAUCGAGGUCAAUUUCACAGAUUGCAAGAAUUGUGAAGAAAUUCCCAUGUUUGGCCACCUACCACUCCUCAAAUAUCUUUCCUUAACGGAUUUGACUAAUGUAAGAUCCAUAGGUGAUUCAUUCUAUGGUGGCCAAGAGACAAGAGUAAUGUUCCCAAAACUUGAAAAACUCACUCUAGGGAACAUGCCAAACCUAACAGAGUGGGCAGAAGCUGAGGUGAUGGAAACGGCACAAACACGAACAUGCAAAGAGCAGGUAUUUCCUUGCCUUGAAGUUUUGAAGAUUCAACGUUGCCACAAAUUGAAUACUUCUCCAAGUCAUUUCCCUUGCUUGAAAAAAUUGGAGAUUGAUGCUAUGGAUAGCGAUUUUCCAUUGACAAAGAUUUUGAGUAGCAACAACCUAACUUCUUUGGAAGAGCUCUCGAUCAAGAAUAUAUCAACGCUCACUUGUCUUCCCCACUUGAAAGGAAGCCAGAUAUAUCUCCGAAAGUUGUAUAUUGGAAAUUGUGACAAAUUGAGAGAAUUACCUGAUGAUCUGCACAGCUUCCGGUCUCUUGAGUCUUUGAGAAUAGAAAAAUGUCCAAGUCUACAAUCAAUUUCAUGUCAAAUUGGAAAAAAAGGUCCCCCUUCUCUUCGACGGUUUGAAAUUAGUAAUUGCUCUGAUUUGAGUAGCCUGCCAAGUGAAAUGAUUCAGUCCAUCAGGUGUCUGGAGUGUCUAGUCGUGACUGCUUGCGACAAACUCGUUUCUUUUUCUAUAGACUUGGGGAUAAUGCCUUGUAUCUCAGUAUUAUCUAUAAGAGAUUGUAGUGAAUUGAGGAGUUUGCCCAAGGGAAUCGACUAUCAUAGCAACUUAAAAUCUCUCUCCAUUGGUAGAUUCUCAAAAUCAAUUGAUUUCAAUUCAUUCCAAGCUGCUCUCGAUGGCAUCCAACAAUCCAAAUCUCUUUGGAAUUUGUAUUUAUAUGGUUGGGAACAUUGGGACUCAUUGCCGUACCACCUUCAACAUCUCACUUCGCUCGAAUGGUUGAUUUUAAAUGGUUUUGGAAUUGAAGCAUUGCCAGAGUGGUUUGGGGGUCUAUCAUCUCUUAGAUUUUUAGAACUGAUUGACUUAAAAAAGCUUAGGCAUAUGCCCUCUAAAGAAGCCAUGCAACGUCUCACCAUGCUAGAAAGUUUAGAAGUUUCAAACUGUCCAUUGUUGGAGGAGAGGUGCAGGGAAGAGAGAGGCCCUGAUUCUGAGUGGUCAAAGAUUUCACAUAUUCCUCACAUACUUGGAAUGGACUGA